AUGACAACUGCUAGAAUCAGUGAAUUCAAUAAGAAAUUUAAUACUUAUUUUCAAAUUUAUAUGCCCAAACAUAGACAUUUUCAACCAAAGAAAGUAUCCGAAGGAUUAGAUUGGGUUUUUUAUUUACACAAAGAACAUUUCUGUCUCAUUAGAAGAAAUAACAAAACCUUAUGUAUUAAAGAAAUAGAAGAUAAUUACGAUGAAAACGUGUGGAGAACUUGUAAAGAUGAUAAUGCGGUAACGCAAGUUUCACCUCUAAAACUAAAUGUUUUUCCAACCAUUCCCGAUGAUUGUUUAUACGCAUGGGAUUGCGAAACCUAUAACGAAAAUAAAGCCAUACCUUAUUCUUGCACGUUAAUUAAUUUAGAAAAACUAAGAAAAAUGUUAAACAGAAUAAAUAAUCUCUUUCCAGAUUUAAAGCCGACAGAUCCCAUUCCAGAAGAAUUUUCCAUCAAAAUCAUGACUAAUAUAGUAGAAAUAUUUGUAGGUACAGAUUGCAUCGAUCAAAUGUUACAACGUUUAGGAAAAAUAGAUAAAAAAAGAAUAACAUUAAUUGCUCAUAACGCUAGCGGUUUUGAUAACUGGAUCAUGAUCAAAAACGUAAAAAAAUUAACACAAUGCCCUUUAAAAACAGCUAGAGGAAUUCUGUCUCUACCUUUAACUAAUUCAUUCACUGAUGAAGAUUUACAGAAAAUAUGGAAAAUAAAGGGUAAUUCUAAUUAUUUGCAAAAUAUUAAUUUCAUAUGUUCCUAUCAACAUGAAUCAUCUAGUUUGGCAGCAUGGGGAAAUUCAUCUAAUUUACCAAUGAAUUUGGGAAAGAUUGAGGAUGUUAAUAUUGCAAAAUACACUAAAGAUAAUUGGGAAUCUUUAAGACACGAAUGGGAACCUUACGCUAAAAGAGAUACGUUAUGUCUCGGAGCUUGUUUGAUAAAAUACAAUCAAGCAAUGAAAGAAGUUGCAUUUCAGAAUAUUUCCAAUAAUCUAACGGCUCCUUCUUUAUCUUUAAAGGGUUGGUAUUAUUUAUAUCAUUACGAUAAAGAAAUGGUUGAAGAAGAAUGGUAUGAAAUACUAGAAUGGUUCCGAAACACAACGAAAAGGAUAAUGUAG